CUCGUCUUCUUCAUCCUCGUCUUCUUCAUCCUCAGGAGCAGAAAUGUGUCUGCUGCUUCUCACAGGAGUGUACCUGCUGGUGUGGUCGUGUUGCUCAGCAACACAACCACUGAGCUGUGAGAGCCGGGGGGCGGACCUAGCGCAGGACGCCACACUAGUCCACUGCCCGCCACACUGCGGCCAGCGCAGGCUGUCUGUGUUUGGAACGCACGUCUACGCCGCCAUCUCAUCCCUCUGUGGCGCCGCGCUGCACAGCGGCGCCGUGGGCGUGUCGGGGGGCGUGGUCAAGGUGGAGAGGUUGCCUGGGCAACAGCCCUACACCAGCUCCUACGCCAACGGCAUCCAAUCACAGGCCUUGUCACGAUGGAGCUCCUCCUUCACGCUCAGCGAGCAUGUCGAGCAGCCUUCCCACGUCAUCACGCAUCAACACAUCAGCAGUGACACCAAUGCUGCUGCCACCAAACUGCCAGCAGCCAAGAAGGCGUUGAAGAAGUUGUCAGUAAAGAAAGUUAUUCGAGGAGGAAAUAAAGACUGUCAAAUGGACAUCGCCAUGGUGAUAGACAGCAGCAACAACAUUGGCCUGAGACGUUUCAACCUACAGAAAAACUUUGUCAGCAAACUGGCAGCCAUGUUGAAAGUUGGAGCAGCUGGACCACAUGUUGGACUCGUGCAGACCAGUGAUGUUCCAAGAACAGAAUUCCUGCUGACUAACUUCACAAACAGCAAAGAUCUUCAGUUUGCCAUCAAAGAGCUCACACACCUGGGAGGACAUACCAACACAGGUAAGGCCAUCAUGCACGCGACUCAGACGUUGUUCGCGCAGGAGAGCGGCGGGAGGCGGGGCCACCCUCGUGUGAUGCUGGUGUUGAUUGACGGCUGGCCCUCUGACGACCUGGAGCGGGCAGCCGUGUUGGCCCGAGAGUCGGGAAUCAACGUCUUCCUGCUGUCCGUCGCCAAGCCCGCCCCCGACGAGGUGGCCAUGGUGCCCGACUACGACUUCACUAAGAAGGCGGUGUGCAAAGACAACGGCUUCUUCAACUACCACAUGACCAGCUGGUUCGGCACCACCAAACACGUCAAACCUCUCACGCAGAGACUCUGCUCGCUGGACGGCCUUCUCUGCAGUCGGACAUGUUUCAAUUCGGUCAACAUCGGCUUCCUGAUUGACGGCUCGUCGAGCGUUGGAGACCCAAACUUCCGUCUGGUCUUGGACUUCUUGGGGGCCGUCGCUACCAAGUUUGACGUCUCAGACGUUGGCGCUCAUGUUGGCGCGGUGCAGUUCACGUACGACCAGCGUCUGGAGUUCGGCAUGUGGGAGCACGCCAGCAAAGACGGUGUCCUGGGUGCCUUGAGGAGGAUCCCCUACAUGAGCGGCGGCACGGCCACAGGAAGCGCCAUCACCUACGCCGCCCAGAACUUGUUCAGGCCCACCGGAAGAGGACGCAACUUCCUCAUCGUGGUGACCGACGGCCAAUCGUACGACAACGUGGGCGGGCCAGCUCUCGCCGCCCAGAAUCAAGGCAUCACCAUGUACUCGGUGGGCGUGGCCUGGGCGCCCCUGGACGACCUGAAGUCGAUGGCGUCGGAGCCCAAAGAAAGCCACACCUUCUUCACCAGAGAUUUCACCGGGUUGGCCGAGUUGGUGGAUCCUGUGGUCCGAGGGAUCUGUCAGGACUUCAGCGUGAAAAACUGAAACACACACACACACACACACACACACACACACACACACACACACACACACACACACACAAGUAUGUAUGUAGCCCGUUUACAAACAGACAUACUACCAUUCAUGUCUCUCUUCAUAUUUAUUUGCUUGUAACCAAUAAACUUUUUGU